AUGGCACAGUUGGAUUCGUCGUCUGCCGACCGUGCUCGCACGGGAAUCGCGAAUUUUGAGAGAACAACUGAAGCUUCCGGCGGCAGAUCUGCCUCCCCAGUACCGACAGCAUCCCUGCAAAAGACAGGGGACUCGAAAAAAUCCAGUCGCCCAUCCGCGAACCGAAGAAGACCUAGUAACGGAAUACAAAAACGGGUGCGAUUUGACCUGAUUUCUGACGACACGUCUAGAAGCAUUACACACUCCAAUGUAUCUGCACAGUCAAAAUCUAGAAUCAGUCCGUACGCGCCCUCGUCUUCCCUGACUUUACAGUCCAACCAUGCUAGUCCACAAAGCAGACUGGGCAGAUGCAGAAGGUUGCUCAGGAGAGACGCCAAGACGGACGACCAGCGAAGGAAUGGCAGUAACAGAAAAUGUAAUGCCAAGGGCAUUGAAGAUUUCAAUAGUGAUAUCCAAGGCCUUAACAUGGAGAAUGUCAAAGAGGGACUGAAAUCAAUCAAAGUGUGUAAGCCAAAUGACUGGAUUUCACCGUGA